CAUGACGAUUUGCCUCUAGAAAGCGUUCAAUUCAUUCACUUGCGAGAUAUCUGCGACAUUUCUCACUAUCGUCGUUUUUGUCACUUCAUGCACGAUCUCUUUCUUCAGCCGUAUCCACACGUGAUCUUCUUAUGUUCACAAUUUCUCCAUCCUCUUCAAUUAUAAUUAUCUAUAAUUCUCCACUUCGCCUAACCAAUUCAUCCCUCGAUUGCCUCGUUUUCGUGAACAACUGCGUCUGAUGCUAUUUAGGAAUCGACGCUCGAUCAACUAUCCCAAUGCCUUUAUUCCCAGUAUCCCCAAAUAUUCAAGAAUCUGCCUCACGAAAGAGAACACACGAGGAAUUCAUUGAAGGUUCCAUUGAGAACGCAAUUAGCGAGCCGUCCAAUAUAGAAAAUCUAGGGGAGGAGAAGUCCAUCGCAUUGCCUACCCUAGUCGUCACUCACCACCCACAGCUACCUAUACCAGAUAUAACGAUGGAUUCCACACCAGCCAGUAGUCCUGUGGACUUGACCGAUCCCGGUUCUACACCACCUGUAGGAGACUCACCAUCACCAAAUAAAACUCCAAUGUGGUCACCAUCUGCAAAUAAAAUUUCCACCACGCAGUCAACACAACCAUUCCCUACCCUUCCAACACCGAAUUCUACUACCAUCAACACCCAACCAGCAAAACGGAAACUCACAGCAGCCGAGAAGGAGAAGGAGCGCGCAGAGAAGCGACAGAAAAAGGAAGAAGAGGCCACUCAGAAACAGCAGAAAAGAGACGCCGAAGCCGCUGAGAAGGCGAAGAAAAAGGCCGCCGAGGAAGCCACCAAAGCAGCUAAGGCUGCAGAAAAGGAAGAGAAGGAAGCGGCAAGGCUUGCUAAAAAAGCCGAGUACGAGGCUAAGAAACGCGAGAGAGAAGAGAAAGAGGCGAAAAGGGCCGAGGAGAAACGCAAGAAGGAAGAGCAAGAAGCCAAGGCGCGACAAAAGCAGGAGAAGCAAAAGAGCAUGCUGGCUGGCUUCAUCAUACGAAAACCUACUACUACUACAUCGCCAGCCACGAUGUCUGCUGAUCAGACUGCGAAGCCCUCGGGACCUAAUGCGAACCCUACUACGUCUCAAACAGAACCGAAACAAGAGGUGUCAGCAUACGAACGAACAUUCAAGCCUUUCUUUGUCAAAGAUGAUGUGAAGCUAGCUCCACGACCUUUUGAGAUGGACGAGGAGGCCCAAGCCGUUAAAUCGGGAAUUCUAGACGAGUACGUCCGCGGUGAACGUGGCGAAUUCAAUCCCAAGCCAUUCAAUCCCUCAGAGACCUUCAAUUUAGCAUUCAUUCAACGACGUGGCAAGAUACCACCGAAUGUGAGGAAGAUUAUGGAAGGACUUCACGGUGAUCCUGCCAAGGUUCCGUUCGGUAUGACGGCGGAGAAAACAGAGUCCCAGAUCGAGAAACUUACGACCAGCGCGCAAAGCCAGCUCGACACUAUUACAAUGAAGCGUCUCUCCUUUUACGAAGAUGUUCGACCACCUUACUUCGGAACAGCCACAACACCCAUGUCACGAAAGGAGCUUCGCCAAUUGUCUCGUAGACCCACCGGAAGAGUACUCCCGCUGAAUUACGACUACGAUUCCGAAGCCGAAUGGGUAGAAGAUGAAGACGGUGAAGAUCUAGAUGAUGACGAGGACGAUGAGGAAAGCAACGAUGGUGAUGGAGAAAUGGAAGAUUUCUUAGAUGACUCCGAAGACCAUCCUACCACUGUCCGUCCCACGUUCCUCGGUGAGACAGAGCCCGUAAGCACAGGUAUAUGUUAUGAGGAUGAGAACGGACGUAAUCCUCUGCCAUCUAUGAACCAAUACCGAAUGGAGUUUUUGAUUGAGGGACACACAUCAAUCGACCCCUUCUCUACCGAAUACUGGCCCUCAAGCCAGGGAAAGAAGAAAGCUCGUGCUAUAGCAGAUACCCUCACCGUGCCAACCUCGAUGCCUCCUCCCAAUGCGCCAGCAGACGCCUUCCCCAAGCUUACCUCUACAUCUGCCACCAGCCGCAACGCGCGAGCUGUGGACACGAAGGACUUGGUACCGAAUGAGCUCAUGGAGGAGUUUAAGCAAGCUAUCACCAGCGAGGAACUACGCGAAUUCACCAAGGGUACGAUCGUAGAGAUGUUGGCCAAGAAGUUCACAUCCUGCACUAAGGCCCAGGUCAAGACGACGUUGGACAAAAUCGCUCACCGGAUUAGUGUUCCGGGGGCGAAGAAGACGGUCAAGGUCUGGGCGCUAUUACCGGAACCCGUGUCGUGAAGUCCCUGUUUCUAUUCAAGGACUAUACUAGGAAGCAUUCAAUGAAAUGGCGUCGCGAUACCAGUGAAGAGAAUUGGAUGGGGUGAUAUGAACCCCUUUGCUUAUAAGUACGCGUGAGCUGCUGCAGGAAACAGCUGCUGAAUACUACCGCCGUGCGUAGGAUUGGAAGGGGAGGAAGACGAAGAGGUGAUGGCCGAGUUCUGCUUGCUCCGGGCUCGGGCUCUGUAAGAAUCAAAUGUACUAGUGCGUUUUUUAUCCGAUCGUGGAACUCCCAUAUGGUUUGGGAUGGUCUGGAAGGAGAGAGGGAUCUCCCCCCUGCUUGGUUGCUUGGAGGCGCGGUAUAUUGGUGUUCCGGUAUGGCCUCGUGAAAAGUGAAUGUAAUGAAUUGCAUGAAAU